CAAGUUGAUCACUCAAACCCCCUGUCAUCUACGACACCGACCCUCACACUGACCUCACUACUCGCACAACACUCUUCGAGUACUUCUGGAUACACCUACGCUGCACAGUCGAUCGUAAUCGAAGAUGGAGUCCUCAAAGACAACAGUCAAACUCGCCAAGGUGGUCAAGGUGAUGGGCCGCACCGGUUCUAGAGGUCAGGUCAUUCAGGUCCGAGUCGAGAUGAUGGACGACGCUAGCCGAAGCAUCAUCCGAAACGUCAAGGGUCCUUGCAAGGUCGAUGACAUUCUUGCAUUGCUCGAGUCCGAGCGUGAGGCACGUCGUCUGCGCUAAGCAAGCAUGCGUUCUGCAACUCGGUUUCCGUGCAAUCUCAGAGGUAGCGUCUUCCCAACAAAAGACGGCCAGACAAACUCAUGUCACUCACAAAACAUGUACACCACCGCCCGAAGACGUGCGC